CGAGAAUAAACUCCGGGGCAGUCAGGAAGUUCACCACAGAAGACAACAGACCCCAGCUCGACAUCUCGGAUAUAUGAAAUGGCGAAGGCGGUGUCUAACCACAUCACGAAACUCUUGUGUGAUAACUUCGGCUGUCUGGACCUGGGGCAGGUGGACACUGUGCUGAAGAAGAGCUACACUGUGGACGCCUCGCUGCUGAAAGGGCUGCUGUCAGACCGCAGCAGCUUCGUGGUGGCGGAGCAGAGUCUGGGGUCAGGAGCGCUGCUGGUCGCCAAAACAGAGCUGCGGGUCUGCAGCCAACAGAGCAAGUGCGGGGGCUGCGAGCAGCUGCACCUGUGUAGGUACCUGGUGUGCGGCAAGUGCAUGUUCGGGUCUAAGUGCAAAAAUUCCCACGACUUGAAAUCGCCGCAUAAUUCUCUGGUCCUGAAAAAAAAAAAUCUUCAUUACCUAGAAGAAGCACAAUUGUUUCAACUUCUGUUGCAGAAUGACCCUUCACUUCUUCCAGAGGUGUGUUCUCAUUAUAAUAAAGGGAACGGAGUACAUGGAAGUUGUAAGUAUCAGACAUCCUGCACCAACCUGCACCUCUGCCAGCACUUUCUGCAGGACGACUGCAAAUUUGGAGCUGCUUGUAAACGGGCUCAUUCAUUCGAUGCGACCGCCACGAAGAUCCUGAACGGCAGAGGACUCAGCCCAGAAAACAUUCGGAACUUUCACAAGAUAUACAAGAACAAGAAGAUUUUACUCACUGGGCAGAAUGACAAACCUGCUGCCAAAGGAGCAGAGAAAGGCAAGCAGUGCACCAGUCAGCAUUCCAGCAACUCAGUAAGUGAAGCAGACCGCAAUGAAAUCUGCCUCUUCUUUGUUCGCAAGGGAUGUAGUUUCAAAGAGAAAUGUGUCCGUGUUCACCAUGACCUGCCAUAUAAAUGGGAGAUUUUAGACAAGGAUGGAGUGACAUGGAGGCAGCUGCCCAAUGAAGAGCAUAUUGAGAGGGCCUACUGUAACCCAGCUGAUGACAUGAGCACUGGGCCUCUGUCAGUGAAUUUCUUUACAAUGACAUGUGGAGGGGCACCAGUUCGUCGACUCUCUACAGCAUCCUCUGUUACCAAACCCCCUCACUUCAUCCUGACCACUGAGUGGCUCUGGUACUGGAAGAAUGACCAAGGAAUGUGGACUGAAUAUGGAAAUGGGGAAGACGUAAAGCAUGUGUCCUCACUCACCUCAAAGACCUUGGAGAAUCUGUAUCUUGCUGAAGUAGAAACUGAAGAAACUGAAAUUCCAUUCAGCGUGGCGAAUCAUGACUAUCUGCUCAGAUUCAAAGAUAUGUAUCAACAAAACAUAAAGUAUAAGACAAAAAGAGAGGUUCGAAGGAGGCCUCUAUUUGUUUCAGCUCAAGAUGUCAAGAGCAAACUGAAAAGUGACACUCAGGAAAGCUCCAGUUCCUCCUCUGUGGAGGUCCCUGCUCACUGGGAUAAAGAAGCACUGCCUGACUUCACCUACAAGAUUAUUCCUCUGUCAAGUUCCGCAGCUGAUUACAAAUCAGUUAGCUUGCUGUUUAAACGGACAAUGCCUACAAGCACAAUUCGCAGCAUCCGGAGGGUGCAGAAUCCCUCUCUGUGGAGGGUCUUUCAGUGGCAGAAAGAGCAGAUGAAGGAGAGGAAUGCAGGGAGAGAUGUGGAUGAACGUUAUCUGUUCCACGGCACAGAUCAGUCUCUAAUACAGCCCAUCUGUGAGCAGAACUUUGACUGGAGGAUCUGUGGUGUCCAUGGAACUCUUUAUGGGAAAGGAAGUUACUUUGCCAGAGAUGCCAAGUAUUCAGACAGUUAUGCGAAAUCCAAGGCUGGUCCUAAGAUGAUGUUUGCUGCACUCGUGCUUGUGGGAGAAUUUGCCAAAGGGAAGAGCAGCUACCUCCGACCCCCACAGAGGAAAGAUACACAGAGCUUUUACGAUAGCUGUGUGGACAAUGAAGCCAACCCUGCCAUCUAUGUCAUCUUUGAGAAGUAUCAGGUCUAUCCUGAGUACAUCAUUGAGUACUCUUAGGAUCCAGCAGUGUGCACGCAUAUCUACUGCUGAGAGAGGUGAAGGCAUGAAUAUGACUCAUCCUGCACUCACUUAAAAUGGGUUUUAUGAGAAAAGUCAAUGUUUUACAUUUUAAUAGUGUUGCUUUUACAAAACCCACAUAAAAACAAAACAAAACCAAACAAAAAAAACAAAACAAAAAACAAAAAAACAAAACAAAACAAAACAAAUCUUUUGCAUUACUGCACUUUUUCUGCACUUUUUUGCUGCACUGAGUUCACUUACUGUUACACCAAUAUUGUUUUAAAUCCUAAUACAGGCUUUAAGUAGAUUAAGGGGUCUUAAGUAGAUCUGGGUUUUACUUUGACCUAUAAUGUGACAUUCUGCAUAAUUUUCUGAGUUUUGAUGCAUCUAAUUUCAAAUUAACUAUCAUUCCUACUGUACGAUUCUGAACACAAUAAAUGACUAAACUUCAGUGAA